AGAAGCCAAUUAAGCUGUCUAUAUAAACAACACUUUGCUUUCACUAACAUCUAUCAUCAUCCAAUCUUCUCUUAAACCAUAUAUUCCACUCCAGUCUAAUAUUAGUACUGCAAUGAAGGGUUUGUUUCUCUCCCCGAAAUUCACCUUUCUUACCACCAUAUUUGUUAUACUAUCAAUCCAACGCUGUGUGAUGGCACAAGAUUUGGUAGCCUCAACAUGCAAGGCAACGCCACACGUUCAACUCUGUCUCUCGACCCUGCGAUCAAACCCUAAAAGCGCCCAUUCAGAUGUUGGAGGCCUGUCCAUCCUUAUGGUCGAUGCCACGAAGGCGAAGGCGACUCGGACGCUGCAACAGAUCAAGACCCUUAAAGGGUCCACCCCACAGUUGCAGAAAGCCAUUGAUGCGUGCACUUUUGCUUACAAGAUGAUUCUAGAGGUUGACAUUCCAGAAGCUUAUGAGGCUUUGCCUGGUAAUCCCAAGUUUGGUGAAGAUGGUAUGUCUGAUUGCGUCGUGGAGGCCCAAACUUGCGCGAACAGCUUGAAGCUGUUCAAUUCGCCGGCCACUGGUUUGAACCAAGCUGUGCAUGACCUCUCUGCUGUGGCCACCUCCAUAAUUAGGAUGUUGCUGUGAGGGGUUGGUGUGUUCGUGGAUGUAUUUUUCAUCCUCUAAAAUAAACUAAUUAAUCUUUUUUCCACCAA